AUCAUUGUACCCAAUUUACCAUCCUUGUAUCUGAUCGUACAUCAUUGUACCCAAUUUACCAUCCUUGUAUCUGAUCGUACAUCAUUGUACCCAAUUUACCAUCCUUGUAUCUGCUCGUACAUCAUUGUACCCAAUUUACCAUCCUUGUAUCUGCUCAUACAUCAUUGUACCCAAUUUACCAUCCUUGUAUCUGAUCGUACAUCAUUGUACCCAAUUUACCAUCCUUGUAUCUGCUCAUACAUCAUUGUACCCAAUUUACCAUCCUUGUAUCUGCUCGUACAUCAUCGUACCCAAUUGAACAUCCUUGUAUCUGAUCGUACAUCAUUGUACCCAAUUUACCAUCCUUGUAUCUGCUCAUACAUCAUUGUACCCAAUUUACCAUCCUUGUAUCUGCUCAUACAUCAUUGUUCCCAAUUGUCCAUCAUUGUAUCUGAUUGUACAUCAUUGUACCCAAUUUACCAUCCUUGUAUCUGCUCAUACAUCAUUGUACCCAAUUUACCAUCCUUGUAUCUGCUCAUACAUCAUUGUACCCAAUUUACCAUCCUUGUAUCUGCU